UUCCAGGCGGACAGACGGGAGCGCACGAGCAGUCUGCCUGACUCCCCGACCGCAUCGCACCUCUGUACACACUCGGCUACUUUCUCGUCGCACCCCCCUAAAGAGGAUAAAGAGGAUAAAGAGGAGAUUCUCAGGGCAAACCAAAAGACUGAUUCAAGAGGUUUAGGUUGGAUGUUUCCCUCCAAGGUAUGGCUUAAUAAAUAAGUUUCCUGUCUCACCCGCUGUGCAAAAGAGGAGGAGAAGAGCGGAACUUUCAGGGGACCUUUACGUGCACCGGAGUACUCGCUAAUUUUAAACCAGGAGGUCACAUCUGCCACCGGCUCCGUUUCUCUCCAGCCCGGCUGCAGAGGUGGAUGGUAUGGUAUAACUUUUCCGCUCCAGUCAAACCUGAGCGGCCGGUGUGAGAGAGGAGCCGUUUUAUGGUACCGGAGAGGGGAUGCAAGCCUCUCCUCCGUCUCGGAUAGCGGAGCGGCUAUGAGGAGAGAGGAUCACCUGCUGGGCUAACAAACAAGACCACACCGCACCAACAGAAUGCGGGAACGGGGUCGUUGCAUUUGUGGAGUAGGUGUGUGGAGUCUACUGCUGUCCCUCUGUCUGGCCUCCCUCACACAGGCACACCGGAGCCACACAGUGCAUGUGAAGGCAGGGACGUGUGAGGUGAUCGCUGCCCAUCGCUGCUGCAACAAAAACAAGAUCGAGGAAAGAUCUCAGACCGUCAAAUGUUCCUGCUUCCCUGGACAGGUCGCUGGCACCACCCGGGCCAUGCCCUCCUGUGUUGAUGCCUCCAUUGUAGCCCAGAAGUGGUGGUGUCAGAUGCAACCGUGUAUGGAUGGUGAAGAGUGUAAGGUUCUCCCAGACCUCACAGGAUGGAGCUGCAGCACAGGCAACAAAGUCAAGACCACAAAGGUGACCCGAUAGUCCUGCCUGUCUCAAGAACAGCAGAAAUGGCGGUGGAGUCACUUAUACAGCACAAUGGAUCUAUCAGUGGUGAGGAAACACACUCAGAUGGACUUCUAUGAGGAACCAGUAAUUGUUUCAUAUUUCUGAGGAUAUCGUAGAUGUGAAGGCAGAAGAGACAGGACUCUAACACCGUCCUCCAUCACCUUGAACACAACUGAGUGUCCUGGGUCCUUUACUGCGGAGGACUGCAUCAUCCACUAUCCUUUACUGCUACUACAAACAACAACUUCAAAAAAAGUGAACAAUGACCUAAACAGCACUUGCUUAGAAGACAAAAAAAACAACUUUCUUUACAACAAUCUGUAUUCUUCAUCUCUCUUCUAUGGCUUAGUUGUGUUCCAUACGCAUACUGGGAAUAAAUGGGAUCUGGAUUUUAGAAAGCUAUCCUGCAUUACAAACAUCAUUACAAAAAAAAGGGGAGUUGAUCCAAAAAGGCUGUCUCAUGUAGUCGGGAUGACACAUUUCAAUUUAAUCGUGCCACAUAUGACACACUUGAUGCUGUCAAAAUGUUUCUCAGAUCUAAAACCGAACCUUUUCUUUUUUUCAGAUUUCACUUCCAUAAGAAUAUUUUACCUUGAAUAGUUUGUGGCUUACCACAUGUCAUUUUUUAAAAUGGGGAGACAGUUUGUCAGUCUUCUUUUUUCUUUUGUUUUUUGACAAAGGACACAAUCCUUUCAGGGGUGAGUAUAGACUAAUACCAAGUAGAUGUUACGGUAUAUUGAAACAUGUAAACGUGUUAAAAAAAAAGGUCCAUGGAAUCAACGGGGCUAAAAAUAAAUUGACGCUCUAAUGGUUUUAAUAUCUGUGUUUUUAAACGCCUGUUAACCGCUAUUGAGUACAUGUGUCAGUAUUAUAUGAAAUGAAUAAAACCUUUCAA